AUGGCCACCGAACUGACCGUCCAGAGCGAGCGUGCUUUCCUUAAGCAGCCGCACAUCUUCCUUAACUCCAAGGUCAAGGUCAAGUCCACCCGGCCGGGCAAGGGCGGCCGGAGAUGGUACAAGGACGUUGGUCUGGGGUUCAAGACCCCCAAGACCGCCAUUGAGGGCCACUACAUCGACAAGAAGUGCCCCUUCACUGGUAUGGUCUCGAUCCGCGGCCGUAUCUUGACCGGCCGUGUCGUUUCGACCAAGAUGCACCGCACCAUCAUCAUCCGCCGCGAGUACCUUCACUACAUUCCGAAGUACAACCGUUACGAGAAGCGCCACAAGAACCUGGCUGCUCACGUCUCUCCCGCUUUCCGUGUUGAGGAGGGCGACAUGGUCGUCGUUGGCCAGUGCAGGCCUCUGAGCAAGACUGUCCGGUUCAACGUUCUCCGUGUCCUCCCCCGGACCGGCAAGUCGGUCAAGAAGUUCCAGAAGUUCUAA